UACUAGAUCAACCCCAUUGAACAUUUAUUGUUUAUUUUUAUUGAAAUCGUCUUGUUAGUUUUUUUUUAUAUUUGCGUUGUCGCGAAAGUAGACGAAUAUUGAUUAUUCGGAUACAUAGCCUAAAAUGUAGUAAAGUAUCGGAAAAACUAUGUGAAUUAUUCAGUAAUAUAAAAUCAUAACCUAAUGAUACUAGUAAAGAUACAAAUAUAGGGAUAGACAUACGUUUGAAAAUGGCAAUAAAUGAAGAUUUUAAUUUCGAUGAGUUGUGUAGACUCUGCUCACUCAAAAGUAAUCAACAUAUGCAAAUAUUUGACAAAGAAGGCGAGCAAAGACAAUUGUUGUUUAAAAUACGUUCUUGUAUACCAACAGUGAUAACAAAAGAAGAUGCAUUACCCAAAAAUAUUUGUCAAAGAUGCAUGUACAAAUUAGAUAUGUUUUAUGAAUUUCGGAUAAAUUGCAUGACUACUGAAUCAGUUUUGAAAAAUUACGCAGAUAGUUUAAAACCCCUUGCUUCAAUGAAUAAUCAGACCAGCGAGAAAGAUAAAAUGUCAAACGGCCAACACAACCAGCGCUCGGCUUACGUAGAAGCGCACGCCGUUGCCCAUGCGGCCGUUCAGCAGCAUAUGGCACAGCAGGCCGCCCAGGCGAGGCUACUGACAAGUCCUGUCACUUCUGCCACACCGCAAGCUCCGAAUCCGACUUUCACGCUGCCUGACGACGGGCUUGGCUACGACGAUGGUGUACGCGUGUUGCGCUCCAUUGGCACCUGGUCUCCAGAUUAUUCGUCUGCCAUGAGGCCAGGAGCUGUAAUGUCAGCCUUUCCAGGAGCUACGGAACCUCAAUUUGUAAAUAAUAGAAUACCCUCAGCACCCAUAAAUCACCAACAACCUCUUCGUAAUGGCAGUAACGCAAAUAGCAGACCGGGCUCAGUCUCAAAAGCAACCAACACUGGUGAACCUACAUCGAAAGCGUUCUCUUGUACAGUUUGUGGCAAAGGCUUGGCGCGUAAAGACAAGCUUGUGAUUCAUAUGCGAAUCCACACAGGUGAAAAGCCAUAUUCCUGUGAAGUUUGUGGCAAAGCAUUCGCGAGAAGGGAUAAACUGGUCAUUCAUAUGAACAAAUUGCGACAUCGGCCAGGCACUGGCUCACUAUCGACGCCAACAAGUAAUAGUUUGCACAAUGAACAGCAGCAGCAAUCGCAGCAGACAUCUCAACAACAGCAGCAAUCCCAGUCGCAACAGUCUCGUCCUGAUAAUAUUCAGAAAUCGAAAGAAGAAACCGUUAGUUGGGCUUGUGAACUUUGUGGUCGAGUACUAGCUACAAGAGAAGAGUGGUCUCAACACGCAAGGUCACAUCUAGAAGCAUCUGGUCCACCUCAACACGCGGCAGCCUACUUUCCAAGCUCGAUGCCACCACCUCAACCGUACUCAUCUGAAAGGCACCACUGCAUGAUGUGUCGUACAGAUUUCACGGACAAAACGGAAUUUCUUCUGCAUGUACGUUCGCACUUUGAGCCACAUGCAUCUCAUCAACAGGCAGCAUUAGCAGCUGCCGCUGCUGCAGCAUCAAACAAGCAUCAAGACCCCGCAACUGCUGAACUCAUCGCUCGUGGUCUUGUUGAUCCUUCCGGUUUAUGUAGCUAGAACCGAGCUCGUCGGCAGCCAAACUAUGUGCCCUCGAUUCGAGUUCUACUGUAAAUUAGAGCUAGGAUUUCAGAUUUGCGCUGACAGUCGAUAAAGCUACAAGCUAUAUUUGGACUGUUGACAUUUUUUUUGGCAGACAAGAGAUUUGCUUUUUGCGUAGCCAUCAGUUAGUGUUUUCCACUAGAAACUAAUAUAGCUGUUAUCAUUUUUAACAGUAACUAUUUUCACUGUUCAAAUUAUAUUUUUAUUUUGAUCAAAUUGCAAGAUUUCAUAUAAACUGUCUCUGCUUUAGAAAAUGUAGAAUUUAUUUUUUAUGAAUAUAAAUGUACUUAUUUUGAUGCGAAUCAUAUUCAGGGCCGUGCAUUUUUUUUUAUAAUUAGAGUUGCAUAAUAAUCUGAUGAAAAGAAGCAAAACGUUACUUCAAAAUAUAGGUAUACAUAUUUCUACAUAGAACAGAAAUCAAUGACAAUUUUUUUUACAUUUUAUGCCUCAUUUACUUAUUGUGAUUUUAAUUGUAAUACUUCGUUACUGCUUUGACUGUGGCUAAAACUUCAAGUCAUUCAAAGAUAUCUUAAAGCAUUUUAUUUGAAGUAUUGUUUCCAUAAUAUAAUAUUUUACUAACAAAAAUUAACGAUUGUAGAGAUUUCAAUGUGAACAACGAAAUUGAUAUUUACUUGUUAUUUACAUACGAUUAUAGUUUUAUCCAAAAUAAGAUUGUUUUGUUUAACUAUUCAUUUUAAAUAUAAACUGUAAAUAUGAUAGUUACUUUAAUCACAUAUUGAAAACAUACCUUUCUGAAUUAGGAAAAAUAUCUUGAAGUAUAAUUCAAACAACUUAAGAUGAAAAUCUUUUUACUCUGUAUAAAAAAUUAAAUUCUAAACAUUUAGAUAUUGCUGGAGAGUUAUAAUUUUUUCCAAUUGUUAUUAAAGCUUUAACAAAAUAAAGUAUAUUUAUCAAGCAUUUCCUUCCAUUCGAAUAAGCGUAUUUGCAACAAGUAGUAAUAUAUGUUGUUUUGAAGAUUUUUGUUAUUUUUCUGCAUAAUACAGUAUUCUAUGUAAGAGAUUAUUGUGCCUCCUUCCUCGCAAUAAGUAUUUCCAUUUUUAUUUUUUCAUGUGAUCAGUUAAAUUUCUGCGUAUAAAUAUAAAAAUGUUACCAUUCACAAACGAUUUGUUUUUAUGGAAAUUAUACUAAGGUCGUGAAAAUAUAUGUGGAACAUUUGUGCAAUGAUUAUUGCAAAAAAUUGUAUUGAAAAAUUGCAUUCAAUUGUUGAAUGAUAUAUGUACAUAUGGAUCUUGUGAGAUAAAACGUGUAUGUUUUUACGGUGCCUUUUGCUUAAAAUUGUCAUUUUAAUACAAAUUCAAGCAUAAUGAGGAGGCACUCAUUUGCAAGAAAUUUGAGAGAAAUUUAACACCUCUGACAUUUACAAUUAUCUAUAAUAUAAACUGCCAUACUUUUAUGAACUGCUGUAGAAACAAUCUUGUACUGACAUGUAUUACUUUCCUACCAAUGGCUGAAUAUAAAAAGUGCUCUAAACUGAGUCAAUGAGCGACUGCCAUAACCACGAUAAUGAUAUAUGUCUAUUGUAUCCUUAUAAAUAAAUCUGAUCAAAA